UUCCAUCCAUACCACUCCUCUGAUGCCUUCAAGCUAUAACUAACAAAGGGAGUAAUCAAGGAGCCUCCUCACGUUUUGACACCGAAUAUGCGCACAUACAGUAUCGCAUCAUCCCUCCUCGUACUCACGGUCUUCUCAUACGCCCAUCUCCACCCCUUGCCACAGCAAGUCCCCAUCAUGGACCAGUCCGACACCAACACGCCCGGCAUCCAACUCCCUUCCUCUGAUGACGGCUCUACCACGCCUCCUCCACCUCCGCAACACAAUCUCAUCUUGUCCGAUGUUAUGGGCAACUCCCGCAGCUUCAACAUCUUUGCCGGCUUCACACGCGACAUCGACUCCGUGUCCACCCGUCUAGACUCUUCCUCCUCCAAUAGCACCAUCCUCGCGCCUCUCAAUAAAGCCAUCACCGCCCUACCACGGAAGCCGUGGGAAGAUCCGAGAGAGUACGCUGCACUCGGAGCCGAUGCUUACGAGGGCAAGGAUGGCGAGGAUAGAGCACAUCGUAAUUUGCGGAGGUUCACAGAAGCGCACAUUGUGCCCGUGAGUCCGUGGCAACAGGGCGAGAAGGUGAAGAGUCUGGGAGGAAGUACGUUGUGGUGGGAGGUGAAGGAGGACGGGAAGGCGUAUGUGCAGCCUGGGGAUGUGGAGGUGGAGAGAGUGGCGAAUAGGGUGAAGAAUGGGCAAGUGUGGGUGCUGAAGGAGGUAUUGCAGGUUGCGAGUUGAGCAAAAUCACUCGUUUCCCUCUCUCUCUCCGUCGUGAGAUGGACAUACAUGAUGAGGAGGACGACGACGACGACGAAGUUAUGAAUGAUACGAAGUGACGAUCUUCACGAGGGUUGUGGGUACACUUUUCAAUAAGGUAUGAUGAGGGAAUGAUUGAACCAAGAGCAGCGCUCGUUGCCUCGCUUUACAGAGUCACAACAACAGACUUUGCUUCAUCACGCCUCACUUCACGUCUACCUCGUACCCGACGUAAGCAUACCUCAAGGACCAACAAAACAAAGUCUUGGCGUGGCUUGAAGUAAGGUGGGACCAUAUCGACAAAUGUGGAUAGAUAUAAUCACACAACGUCUCCGAAGAGCAACGACCGGCUUCUUCCACCACACUCCCAUUCAUCCCAUUCAUCCCAUUCAUCCAUUACAAGACAGAUCAACCC